AUGCCGAAGUUAGAGGACGUGCUGCCAGGACAUGCCUGGUUGCUGAGCAGAACUGAGGAGCAGCCUCCUGAGGAAGGGCCUGGAAAGCUGGAGCCACCAUGGGCUUCCCUGGGGAGUAUGGGUGAGGUGGAUUCCCUGAGCCCAGCGAAGGACCAGUGGCACAAGGGUCAGGGGAUGCCCCCAAAGCAGGAGAAUGUAGCAGUGAAUGUGGUCCCAUCUCUAGUUGGGCAUUGGAGUGAAGAGGGGAAAGAAGCAAGAAAAAGCCCAAGGUGCAGGGAUGAAUAUGUCAUGCUGAGACACCUGAAAAGGCAGAAAUCAAAGGUGCAUUGGAGAGAGAGACUGCAUGCAAACGAAGGCAGUGUGGGGGGCCUCAGAGGGAUGCAGGAGCUCACUGCCAAGCCCAGGGGGAGAGCCCACCCCUGCCCUCAGUGCGGGAAAAGAUUUAGCUGCCCCUCACGCCUGGCUCUGCACAAGAUAAGACAUGCUGGGGAGAAACCACGUGUAUGUGCCACGUGUGGGGAGAACUUCCCCUGCCUCUCGACCCUGGCUGCUCACCACCAGGUCCCUUCUGGACAGCUCCCUCACCGCUUCACCAAAAGGGGGAAGAGCUUUGUGCGCAGCUUGGAGCUGCUCAAAGCCCAUGAUGUGCACAGGAAGAAGCAUCUGUACCGCUGUGUCACAUGUGGUAAGACCUUCACCCAUUUCUUCUCCCUGGUUCAGCACCGGCGCAUGCACUUGGGGAGGAAGAUACACCACUGCAACGAGUGCAGGAAGAUCUUCAUCAGCUGGCAAGACCUGUCCCAGCACCGGUGUGUGCGGAGGAGGCAGGAGCCCNNNNAGUGCUCUGAGUGUGGGAAGAGCUUUAGUUAUUCCUUCAAGCUGGCCCAGCACCAGCACGUCCACACAGGGGAGAAGACACAUCAGUGCUUUGUGUGUGGGAAGAGCUCUAGUUAUUCCUCCUCCAUGGCCAGCCACCAGCACAUUCACACAGGAGAGAAGUCAUAUCACUGCUCCGAGUGUGGAAAGAGCUUCAGCUAUUCCUCUUCCCUGGCCAAGCACAAGCUUGUACACAUGGGAGAGAAAACAUAUCAGUGCUCUGAGUGUGGGAAGAGCUACACUUGCUCCUCUGGCCUGGCCCAGUACCAGCAUGUUCACUCAGGGGAGAAGCGAUAUCAGUGCCCUGAGUGUGGGAAGGGCUUCAGUUAUUCCUCCGAGCUGGCCCGGCACCAGCAUGUCCACACAGGGGAGAAGCCAUAUCAGUGCUCUCAGUGUGGGAAGAGCUUCACCCAAUCCUCCCACCUGGCCCAGCACCAGUGCAUGCACACGGGAGAAAAGCCAUAUCAGUGCUCUGAGUGUGGGAAAAGCUUCACCCAAGCCUCCGGCCUGGCCCACCACCAGCAUGUCCAUGCAGGGGAGGAGCCAUAUCAAUGCUCUGAGUGUGGGAAGAGUUUCA